AUGAGCUUAAAACCUAAAGAUAAGCUCCAUAUAGUGUUCUUCCCAUUCAUGGCUCACGGCCACAUGAUCCCAAUGCUUGAUACCGCCACCCUCUUCGCAGCUCGUGGUAUCAAGGCAACCAUCAUUACCACCCCUAGGAACUUCCCUAUCUUUGCCCGCGCCAAUGAAACUGGACACCCGAGUAUAGAAAUCGAAGUGUUUAGGUUUCCAUCACUAGAAAAUGGGUUGCCAGAAGGAUGUGAGAAUUUAGGGCAAGCCAUGAAAUCUAUAGAAAUGGCAGAGAAGUUCAUCAAGUCUGCAGCAAUGCUUAGACAGCAGCUUGAGCAAUACUUAGAGAAGUCGCGACCACAUUUCCUUGUGGCUGAUAUGUUCUUCCCAUGGGCAACUGAAUGUGCAGCUAAGUUUAACAUUCCUAGGCUAAUCUUUCAUGGGAUUAGCUUCUUUGCACAUUGUACUAAAGACAUGAUUAUGGUGUACCAGCCUUACAAACACGUCUCUUCUGACGAGGAUCCAUUUGUUAUUCCGUACUUUCCUAAUGAAAUUACACUUACCCGGUCACAAAUCCCUGAAGAUUUGAUGAAACACGAGCAAUCUGAGCUGAAGAAAAGGCACGAAAAGAUACAAGAAUCAGAGCUCCAAUGCUAUGGGGUGAUUGUUAAUAGCUUCUAUGAGUUAGAACCUGAUUAUGUUGAUUUCUUUAAGAAAAAAUUGGGGAGAAGGGCAUGGCAUAUAGGCCCUGUUUCCUCGUGUAAUAAGAGCCUUAAGGAUAAGGCACAAAGAGGGGGAGGAGAAGCUUCUAUGAACGAGCACGAGUGUUUAAAAUGGCUUAACUUGAGAAAACCAAACUCAGUGAUUUAUAUAUGUUUUGGAAGCUUAGCUAACUUCAUAGUCCCUCAACUACAAGAGAUAGCAAAGGCUUUAGAAGCUCUAGAAUAUGAUUUUAUAUGGGUGCUAAGGGAUGAUCGAAUUGCAAAGAAUGAAGAAUGGUUGCCACUAGGAUUUAAGAAAAGGACUCAAGGAAAAGGAUUACUAAUAGGAGGAUGGGUGCCACAGGUGUUAAUCUUGGAGCAUGAAGCCACAGGAGCAUUUGUGACUCAUUGUGGAUGGAACUCGACACUAGAAGCGAUCUCUGCUGGCAUACCAAUGGUUACAUGGCCACUCUUUGCGGAGCAAUUCUACAACGAAAAGUUGGUGAACCACAUUCUGAAGAUUGGAACCCCUGUCGGAGCUAAGAAAUGGAAAGCGGUGCAUUCCAUUGAGGAUGUUGUAGAGCACAACGAUAUUGAGAAAGCGAUCAAAAACAUAAUGGAGGGAGAUGAAACUCAAGCAAUGAGGAACAGAGCAAAGAAUUUGAAAGAAAUGGCAAGAAAGGCUAUGGAAGAAGAUGGUUCAUCAUACCGCGACUUAUGCUCAUUGAUUAAUGAGUUGCGAGAUCACUAUACUCCAUAAGUACAUGAUUAACUAUGUAAGGUUUUACUAAAAAUUGCAAAGAUCACUGUCAUGAUCUCCAUAUUGAACACCAAAAAUGUAAUGAGCUGAUAUCAUUUCCCCUGCUACA